AUGGAGCAGAUCGUGGUCUAUGAGUUCAUGGCCAAUGGCGACCUCGACCGCUGGAUCAGACCCGGCGCACCCCACCCGCUCACAAUGCAGCAGCGGUUAGCCAUCCUGACGAGCAUGGCGCGCGGGCUGGAGUAUCUGCACGGCUUCAGCAUCGUGCAUUGCGACAUCAAGCCCGCAAACGUCCUGUUGGACGCGCGCAUGCACGCCAAGCUCGCUGACUUUGGGCUGCCAGGCAUAUGCAUUAGCAAUAUCAUGCAUGGCAUUUCAGACAUCUCCCAUACCGAGACCAGCCUCUUUGGAGUGGUGAUGCUGGCGGUGAUCACGGCUCGCAAGGCCAUCUACAACAUCGAGUCCAACCAAGCAGCAUCGCUGGUGGUAGUAGGGGACGUGGCGGCCCUCAAGGACCCGCACCUGCAAGCACCGGACAACCUGGUGCUGCGCAUGGCACGCCUGGCGCUCUCCUGCACCGCCAUGCCCACGGCGUCUCGCUCAGGCAUGAGCCGUGUGCUGGCAGAGCUGCUGCUGCUCAAGGAGGAGUUCUUUGGGGAGGACGAGGACCGCAUGGCUGCCCGCAUCGACCUCGAGAUCGAGAGCUCUGAGCAGGUUGAUUUCAGCUUGGAGCUGGCUCGUCUUCAGGGGAUUCAACAUGGUAGUUAG